CCCGAGAGAGAGCGCUUCUCGCCAUUUUCCGGCGCGGCUUGCCUCGCCAUGCGCAUUCCUCACAAAGCAGUAGGCGCCCGAAAGCUACUUAACUCGCACUCGCUCGCGCACAAAACGCGUAGAAGCGCCCCGACAACUUCUCGAGCCACGCACGCGGCUGUUCGCAACGAACGCAGGUUCGCCGCUUCGCUGUUUCGCCUGAUCCCUUGCAGCACGGUGACAGUAACCGGUGCUGUAGCAGUCAGCAGCAAAAGACUUGACCCGCUGACCGCGGUGAAAGCUGUGACGGCACCCGUCUUGACAGCUGCGGUGACUCCGGGCUUUCUACCCGCAGCCAGCCCAGCCAAACACGGGUUCAGGUGGCGGCGGCCAGGCCUGGAAGAUACGACACCAGCAGCAGCAGCUAGCCAGCUAGGCCCACUUUGCGCUGCGCGGAAACAUACCGCACGCGCGCUAUAGGUGGCCGCUGAGGUAGCCUAGGGCUUCACACCUGCAACUGCUCCCUGCGGCCUAGCCAUGGUGGCCAGACACCAGGAUCCCGAGCCGUCACAGGGCUUGGGAGAAGAGCGGCAGCAGCAACUGGCGCCGCAGCCGGGCGUGCCAUCAGCGUCAGAGGCACAGGCGGAGGCGGAGGUAGCGGCUCGCGGCAGCAGGGAAGGCAGCGGCGGCGGUGCGCCUGCUGGUGGCGCUGCCGGCAAGCUGGGCGACGGCGAGGAGGCCUCCGGGCAGCCGCUGCGGCGGCUGUCAGAAGUGCUGGCGCCACUGCUGGUAGUCAGUGCCUUCGGCGCAUCCGGCUCGGGCGGGUCUUCCUGCGCCUCCACCCCCGCCAGCGCCACGGCUACGACUUCAGCCGCACACACCACGGCUAGCGCCGUCGCUGCCGCCACUGCGGCCGAAGGCGUGGCCGCCGCCAGUGCCGCAGCGGCGGCGGAGCGUGCGUGUGCACGACAACACGACGAGGCCGCCGCCAGCAACAUGAUUGGUGCAACACCUUCCCCCUUCCACCAAGACCCACCUGCGUCUCCGUCGCCACCAUCGUCGUCGCAUGCCCGCCAUCACGGGGAUGUGUCGCCGUUUCACCUGCAGCGGCUGCAGUCGCACCCCGUCCCACCAAGCAGCUCGUGCAGCAGCGACGGUGCAAGUGGCGAUGAUGGCCGUCGGCUGAGCGGUAGUAGCAGUGGCAGCAGCCGCAGUCGCAGCCGUGGCGGAUUCCUCAGCGGCGACACUGGGUUUGCUAGUACCGGCAAUGGCAGCACCAGCACCUGCAGUGGCAAGGGCUGCAAGGAGGCAGCGGCAGCGCCAGCACGCGAUGGCGGCGCUGCCUGCGCCGCCCCCAUAACCGCCACUACUGCCACCAUCACCACUACCACCGCCACUGCAAUCAACGCCACCACAACUGUUGCCGCCACCGCGCAUUCCCCGCGCCCCCGCCCGGGCCCGGGCCCGCCAAAGCUGGUGGUGAUGACCCCGCGGGAUCCGCCGGUGCCGCGGCCGCCGCCGGGCGUACGGCAGUACACUGACGGCCGGUCGGCGUCGUACGUACUGCCGCUGCCGUAUCGCCUGCUGGCCCAGCUGACUCUGGGUUUGUACGUGGGCUUUCCCUACAUCCUGCUGGGGUUGUUGCUGGGCACGGCUGCCGGCUCGCGCGCCGCCGCCGCCGCCCUGGCUCUGACGCUGGGCAGCCUGCUGGUGCCGGCCCCACCGCACAUCCGGCAGGGCAUGCUGGACUCGGCACUGUUCAGGCUGUGGCGCGCCUACUUCAACUACAGCUACGCCUACGACCAACUGCCCGACUUCAACCGCCCACACAUCUUUGUCAACAGCCCGCACGGCGCCUUCCCGCUGUCGCAGAUCCUGUGCAUCUCCCUGUCCAACAUCGUGUGGCCGGGCUUCCCCGUGCACAGCCUGGCGGCCUCGGUGCUGUGGUACAUACCGCUGUGGCGCCACAUGAAGGCGGCGCUGGGGGCCGCGCCCGCCAGCCGGGACAACGCGCGCAUGCUGCUGAGGCACCGCGGGUGGGCGGGCGUGGCGUGGCGUGGCGUGUAAUGGAAUGUGCAACCGGGAGGGCUGUUGCGUGUGCAGUACAGUAUUACACGGUGUCACAAUAGCAGUCAGCUGGUGCGGUAAUGUUGCAGUCGGAAGAAGGUGCUAUAACACAGCCUACUAGAGCUAGAGUAGGCCGACGGCGUUGCAGGCGGCGCGCCCCCGGGGUACAGAGCAGGGUGAUCGUUCUUCCACGUCACUGGCCCUUGAACUGCGUCAGCAGGUCCCUAUUAUAACCAACGCAG